CUUCAGCUUUAUCAAUAUUUUCAUCUUCCAACCCAGAAAUUCAUCGACUUAUUCAAUAGUCAAUAGUCCCCUAAUUGUGAUAGAGCCCUUAAGUAGAUGGCAAAAGACUUCAAAGUCAACAACUCAAGCAAACCACAAAUGUUGUGGAGACAUUUUCCACAAAUUCAAUUCAAAGCCACCAUAUCCAUCACUAUCUCAGUUUUCCUCAGCGUCUCUAUUUCCACGACUGCUGAAGCCACAUUUGCAAACUAAUAUCCCAGCCUAUUCUGUGCUUCAACACAAUUGCUGUCACAUAUCAGCAGCCAGCUAGAGCUUCCAAUGAGAAUUCCUCUGUUUUCAUGGCUUUUCUUAAUCCUUAUUCACUAUGUUUCACUCAGCGUCCAUGUAUUUGUGGUCUCUAGUCAAUGUCCCAGCGAGGAUCAGCAAUCUUUGUUGCUUCAAUUGAAGAACAGCCUCAAAUUUGACUCUGCAAAAUCUAACAAACUUGUGCAGUGGAAAAAUGGCUCAGAUUACUGCUCUUGGGAAGGUGUGUCCUGCAAAGAUGGAUGUGUUUCUCAUCUCGACUUAAGCAGCGAGUCAAUUUCGGGAGGACUUGAUAAUUCAAGUGCUCUUUUUGAUCUGCAGUACAUCGAGAACCUGAAUUUGGCUUACAAUAACUUCAACAAUACUCAGAUUCCACCCAAGUUCGACAAGCUGACCAAUUUGAGUUAUCUGAACCUGUCAAAUGCUGGCUUUGUGGGGCAGAUUCCAAUUGAGAUUUCACAGCUGACGAGGUGUUCUGGAUUACAUGGUGCAUUCCCAAAGAAGAUCUUCCAGCUACCUACACUACGUACUAUUGACUUGUGGGGUAAUCAACAGCUUCAAGGUUUUUUACCAGAAUUUCCAAAGAAUGGAUCACUUCGUUCCUUGGUUCUAAGUGGGGCCAAUUUUACAAGGUUUUUUCCAAACUCUAUGGGCGACCUCAAAAUGUUGUCCAGAAUAGAUGUUUCAAGUUGCAAUUUCACUGGAUCAAUCCCAAGGUCAAUGGAAAACCUUACACAAUUGGUUUCUGUGGACCUCUCAUGGAACAAGUUCAAUGGUUCUAUUCCAUUCUUCAGUAUGGCCAAGAAUCUGACCCUAAUAAAUCUUUCAUCCAAUCUUCUAACAGGUCAGAUUAAUUCCUCUCACUGGGAAAACCUUACUAAUCUAGUGAAUCUCGACUUGAGAUUCAAUCUACUUGAUGGGACUAUUCCACCGUCUCUGUUUUCUCUUCCCAUGCUGCAGAAACUACAGCUUUCUAACAAUCAAUUCUCUGGUCAGUUGCUUGAAUUUGCUACUAUCUCUGUAUUGGACACCCUUGAUUUGAGUAGCAACAAUUUGGAAGGGCCUAUACCCAUGUCUAUCUUUAAUCUACGAGGGCUUUUGAUUCUUUCACUUUCUUCAAACAAUUUCAGUGGCUCCUUUCCACUUAAUGGUCUUCCACAACUGAAAAAUCUUUCGAGUCUUGAUCUUUCAUACAGUAGUUUGUCAAUUGAUUACAAUGAUACCAAUUCACCUGCCACUUCCUUUCCUCAAAUUACCACAUUGAACUUGGCAUCUGUCAAGUUGAGAAGAUUCCCAGAUUUCUUAAGAAACCAAUCCUACUUGAGCAUUUUGGACCUUUCACAAAACCAGAUUCAUGGAGAGAUACCCAACUGGAUUUGGAGGCUCAAUAAUCUUUCUGAACUAAAUCUUUCUUGCAACUCUCUGGAAACUCUAGAAGGUCCUCUCCUCAAUGUUACUUCUAGUUUGUCUGUCCUUGACCUUCAUUCCAACCAGCUUAAGGGACCAAUCCCACUUUUUUCACAAUUUUCCGUUUAUCUAGAUUAUUCAAGAAAUAACUUUAACUCUAGCAUCCCGACUGACAUUGGUGAUUUCCUUUCUUAUACUAUAUUCUUCUCUCUUUCAAGCAAUAAAUUUCCUGGAAGCAUUCCAGUAUCUAUAUGCAAUGCAACAAAUCUUCAGGUUCUUGAUGUUUCAAAUAAUUCUCUCAGUGGCUUGAUUCCCCAGUGUUUGACUGCAAUGAGCGGGACUCUUGCAGUACUUAAUUUACAGAGGAAUAAACUUUCUGGCAUCAUUCCUGAUAAAUUUCCUAGGAAUUGCAAUUUAAAAACCCUAAAGCUCAAUGAAAAUCAAAUAGAAGGUCAGUUUCCGAAUUCUCUAGCCAACUGCACAAUGUUAGAGGUUCUAAACGUUGGAAACAAUAGGAUAACAGAUACCUUUCCUUGCAUGUUGAAGAGCAUAUCCACCUUGCGUAUCCUUGUUUUGCGAUCAAACAAAUUUUAUGAGCACAUUGGAUGUCCCAAUACCAAUGAAACCUGGCCAAUGCUUCAAAUUGUUGACAUAGCUCACAACAACUUUAUUGGUGAAAUACCAGGAAGAUACUUGAGAACCUGGCAAGCAAUGAUGGCUCACAAAGAUGAUGCUAUGUCAAAUCAUUUUCGAUAUGAAGUCCUAAAAUUCACCGAGGUAUAUUUCCAGGAUGCUAUAACUGUUACCAACAAAGGUCUAGAGAUGGAGUUGGUAAAGAUUCUAACUGUCUUCACCUCGAUUGACAUGUCGUGCAACAAGUUCAAUGGAUCAAUACCUGGAGAAUUGGGAGAACUGAAAUCACUCUAUGGCCUCAACUUGUCGAAUAAUGCUCUCACCGGCACAAUCCCAUCAUCAUUAGGUAACCUGCGACAACUUGAGUCGUUAGACCUCUCAAAAAACAGCCUGAGGGGGCCAAUUCCACAAGAGGUUGGGGGUCUUACUUUCCUAUCGUUCCUGGAUCUCUCAAACAAUCAACUGGUCGGGCAGAUCCCAGUCAGUACUCAGAUUUCAACAUUUCCAGCAGCAUCCUUUGCAGGUAACAAAGGACUAUGGGGGCCUCCUUUGACGGUGGAUAACAAAGCAGGAUUGUCACCACCAGCAGCGUUAAAUGGAAGUCUUCCAAAUUCUGGCCAUCAUGGGAUUAAUUGGGAUCUUAUCAGUGUUGAAAUUGGAUUUACACUUGGUUUUGGAUUUUCCAUUCUGUCACUUGUGUUGUGCAAGAGAUGGAGUAAGUGGUAUUACAGAGCUAUGUAUAACAUCCUUCUCAAAAUAUUCCCUCAGCUGGAGGAAAGAAUUGGUAUUCAUCGAAGACAUGUUCACAUAAAUCAAAGGUGGAGACGUUGAAAUGAUUAUGAGGAACAAUGCAGCUGGAAUCCAUGUUUUGCCUAAGGUAUUUUGAGAUCAAAGAAAUCAGAAGUGUGCUUUCUGGUUUCAUAGUUAAUUUAAUUGUGCUCCAGUUAGUCUUGGAAUAUCAUGUAUCUUUUAUAUUUUAUUUUUGUGGCAUGUAGCAAACAUUACAUAAAUUCACGUAUCAGCAAAUCAUUACUAA